AUGUCCGAAUUCCGUCCUGCUUUACUCUCAGCCUCCCUAGGCCGCGCCUGGGUCCACGACUUUGAGAAGAAGGUCGCCCAAGCCGCCAAGCAUGGUUUUGAGGGCAUUGAGGUAUUCUACGAGGAUAUCGAGUACUUGGCUAAGAGUCUUCACAACGUGGACGAGCCGACCACAGACCAUAUUCUCGCCGCGACGAGACAUAUCCGCAAGAUUCUCGAUGACGUGGAUCUGACCGUCAUAGGCUUGCAACCAUUCUUGUUCUACGAGGGCCUUCUUGACCGUGAACAACACGCUCGACUCAUUGAGAAGAUCAAGGUGUGGUUCAGUCUUGCCAAGAUACUGGGGACGAACACAAUCCAGAUCCCAGCCAAUUUUCUUCCUGCCGAAAAGCUCACUGGCGACAUGGAUGUCAUUGUUGGCGACCUCAUCGAGCUCGCCGAUCUCGGGUUGAAAGAAAACCCGCCCAUCCGUUUCGCCUACGAAAGUCUUUGCUGGAGCACCCACAUCGACACAUGGGAGAAAUCAUGGGAGGUGGCCUGCAAGGUCAACAGGCCCAAUUUUGGACUCUGCCUCGAUACGUUCAACAUCGCUGGCCGGGUAUGGGGGGACCCUGCUUUGCCGACGGGCAAAACGCCUAAUGCAGAUGCAGACCUCAAAGAGUCCAUGGAGAGACUGGUGCGAGAAGUUGACUUGGCCAAGGUUUUUUACAUUCAAGUUGUGGAUGCCGAACGCAUGGACACACCUCUGGUGAAGGGCCACCCAUUCCACGUUGACGGAAAUCCGCCACGGAUGAACUGGUCCCGGAAUGCCAGGGCAUAUCUUUAUGAGACGGACCGAGGAGCUUACUUGCCUGUUGAGGAUAUUGCCCGGGUCUUGAUCGAGAAGCUCGGGUACAAAGGAUGGGUCUCCAUGGAACUGUUCUCGAGAACGAUGUCGGAGGAGGGCGAAGGAGUCCCCGCAGAGCAUGCACGAAGAGGCAUCGAAGCAUGGAAGAAGCUCGUUCAUCGUCUUAAGCUGAAUGAGUAG